CGGAUUUUGCCGCCGUGACCCAAACACCUUGUCUGAUACCAUCACGCUCUGAACUUUGGACUCAAGAUGGUCGCAGAAACUGCUAUAACGGAGGAUCUCCUGAAACGGCCUCUAUACGGUAGGUCAACGUUGCCAAAAUAUGGAAGAGCCAUGCUGAUGCGAUGCUUUUUGUCUACUAGUUUACGAUCUCCCCGAGGAAGUCCUCGCGACUCUCACCACGAAAGGAGAGGGCCAGGCCAUCGCCCCCAAGGAUAAUGUCGAACCGACUGCCGAACCACCUGCAGAUGCGGCGCAGGAACUUGCGAUUGCUUCAUCGACCUCGUGUUCCCUCUGCAACGUGACUUUCUCCAACGUCCAAGAACAGCGGGGUCAUGUGCGCUCAGAUCAUCAUCGAUAUAACGCCAAGGCGCAACUGCGAGGCAACCAGACUCUGGAUGAGGUGCAGUUUAUGAAGGCCAUCGGUGAUAUGGACGAGUCAAUCUCCGGGUCUGAGUCGUCGUCAUCCGAGGAGGAAGAUCCUUCACAGCUUGCGAGCUUGCUUAAAAAGCAGGCUAAGCUGUCUCAGACAGCGGAUGAUGAAGAGGCCCCGAAGAAGAGGAGUGGAGGGAAACACCCCCUCUUCUGGUUUUCGAGCUCUUUGUUUCCUUCCAAUUAUUCGUUGGGCAUCUACCGAGCCUUGUUUUCCAACGCAGAGCAAGAUGAGCCUGCACACUUCGUCGACACGCUGAAGAAGAAACAACUAACUCCGAUCGAUCCACAGAAAAACGGCAACCAGGGUCAGGGCGCCUCACCGUCGUCCACCCCUCACUUUUUUAUGUGCAUGAUCGGUGGUGGCCAUUUUGCCGCGAUGAUUGUAGCGUUGGCCCCGGAGAUUCAACGAAAACAAGGCGGAUUCGUGGAACGACAAGCUCGCGUGAUCGCGCACAAGACCUUCCACCGAUACACAACGAGGAGGAAGCAGGGUGGCUCGCAAUCGGCCAGCGAUGCUUCCAGAGGAGCAGCGCACUCUGCGGGUUCUAGCUUGAGACGGUAUAACGAGGCUGCCCUGGAGAAAGAAGUCAGGGACCUGUUGAAAGAUUGGCGCGGGGAGAUUGACAGUGCGGAAAAGCUUUUCGUUCGGGCUACGGGCAGCACCAACCGGAGGAUCCUAUUCGGCCAAUACGACGGCCAGGUUUUGAAGCAGAAUGACCCGCGACUGAGAGGGUUUCCGUUUAGCACCCGUCGGGCUACUCAAGGGGAGCUGAUGAGAUGCUUCAAAGAACUCACUCGCGUGCAAGUUAGCCAGGUGGACCAAGCGGCUCUGGCAGCAGCCGAAGCCAAACAACAAGGGGAAACCUCCAAACCAUCAACACCCCGACCGCAACCGCAAAAGCCCAAGCUCUCCAAGGAAGAGGAAGCUGCUCUGCUGCACACCACCCAAAUACAAGCCCUCAUCCGUCGCUCCAAAAUCCCGGCGCUGAUGUCAUAUCUCUCGAAAAACUCCAUCCCGUCCUCUUUCACAUUCCUGCCGUCUGAUUCGCAGCAAAACUUCCGAGCUCCGACUGCACUCCACCUCGCUUCGAAUCUCAAUGCGCCAUCUGUGGUCUCUGCCCUUCUUUUGAAAGCAGAUGCGGAUCCCACUACGGCCAACGGCGAAGGAAAAACGCCGUUCGAGCUUGCGGGAGACCGAGCUACCCGAGAUGCUUUCCGCGUUGCACGCCACGAAAUCGGCGAGACCAAGUGGGAUUGGGACGCUGCCAAGGUCCCGUCGCCGAUUUCAAAGACUGACGCCGAGAGUAGAAUGGAGAGGGAAAAGAAGACCGCCGAAGAGGAUGAGGCUAAGCGGCGGAAGACGGAGAUGGAGCGACUGAAGCGGGAAGAUGCCGCCAAGGCAGCGUCGCAGGAAUCGAAGAGACCGGGCCGCACUCUAGCAUCCGUCGAGAAGACGGCUAAUGAGAGGCGAGAAGAAGAGAUGCGGGGGAUGACGCCGGAGAUGAGGAUGCGUUUGGAGAGGGAGCGUCGGGCUAGGGCUGCUGAAGAGCGCUUUCGUCGCAUGCAGCAGUCGUGAUGAUAGACCGUAUGAUUGAAUGAUAAUGACUGCCAAUG